AGACCGAGCCUCAAGCCAAACGUCAUAAAAAAAAAAGAUUUUGCAGUUAAUCUCAGCUGUCGUAAAACUAGGCAUCUAUUAACAACUUCGGUAGCUUGAGAGAAAAUGUUAGACCCAGUGUUAGAAUUCGGCAUUGACAAAAUUUACCGAAACACGAAUACUUUAAUAAAAUGUUAACUUUGAGUCAGCAGUUGACCAUAAGUGUGAUGUAACUGAAUGGAGAGGAUUAGCUAGCCGUUUGACUGAAUUUGAAAGAGACGAGGAAUGGCAGGCCUUUGGAGAGGCUACCAGGCCUUGAUGACUAAAUACCCCUGGACAGUCCAGAUAGUGACAGCGGGGUCUUUAGUGGGUGUCGGUGAUGUCAUCUCCCAGCAGCUGAUCGAGAGGAGAGGAUUGGCUAACCACAACGUGCAGAGGACGGCUAAGAUGAUGAGCAUUGGUUUCUUCUUUGUGGGCCCUGUCAUCGGCAGCUGGUACAAGGUUUUGGACCGACUGGUUGUUGGAGGAACCAAAAGCGCUGCCAUGAAGAAAAUGCUGGUCGACCAGCUGUGUUUUGCGCCAUGCUUUCUGGGAGCCUUCCUCUGUAUCUCUGGUGCGCUGAACGGACUGACAGUCGAGGAGAACGUCACCAAGCUCAGGAGGGACUACACAGAUGCCCUGAUCUCUAAUUACUAUCUUUGGCCUCCAGUCCAGAUUGCCAAUUUCUACUUCAUUCCUCUGCACCACAGGCUGGCUGUUGUCCAGGUCGUUGCUGUUGCUUGGAACUCCUACCUGACCUGGAAGGCCAAUAAGAUGUGAAGGACGCUCACAAGUCCAGCCUGUGUCGUUCUCGCUGAUGAUUACUUUGCACUCAUUCGUAGUGUGUGUGACAUGGGCGUAACUUACUUUAGGCUACUUAGUCUGCUGGUAUUUCCAAUGUGUAAAGCUGUGACUGAGUCACGCGUAAAGGUCGGGAGAAACGGCUCGUCUACUCCGAGUGACAAAUUCACACUUGAAAGUCAAACUUGCAUUUGCAGAAAUGUCUGUGAAAGUUUAUUAUUUAUGGAAAUGGGAUUUGGCGGUGGUGCUGCAGUGUAUCCACACAUACACACUCAUACAUUAACACCUAUUGCUCACAAAGGAAACUUUUGUAAUCUCUUUGGUGUAUUGACAUCAUUGUUUUUGUACUAUGUGUUGGUUUUUUUUCCAAUAAUGGACUUCUAGUCAGAUAUUUUAAGUGUAUUCCAGAGUUUCUAAUAAUGUGAUUUUAGUUUACAUAGUUGUGUUUUUUACUUUGUCUAAACCUGCCUCAUCUUUUACUUUAUUUUCCUGAAUUUGACAGAUGAAGAGGUCAAACCUCCUGCAGCAUUUACAAAGCUGCAUUACUGGAUUAAAUUUUUCUUUCUUUUAAAAUAAAAUCAGAGUAGUGACGUUUUUCUACAUUCGAGAAGUGUUGCAGCAGAUUUGACAUCUUCAGACUGUCUCCUUUCCUCUGUGAAGUUUGCAAGCAGGUGAGGUUGUGUCAGCUGUCUCUACUUUUCUUUUACAUUUGACAGAUCUCAGGAAAAAGCUGAUAUAAAUGGACAAGAUGCCACAGUUUGUCUUCACUCAGAUUACACCAACUCUUAUCUGCUUUGAGUUUAUUUUGUUGGUCGAGGUUCCUGUGGUUAAAGUACCUAAUCUAACAUCAUGGCUAUGUAAAGAAAGAGCCUUGUUCCUUAUCUUAUAUAGUAAGUUACAACAGUUGCCUCAAAGCGCUUUAUAUUGAAAAGUACAAUAGACCCUACAAUAAUACAGAGAAGAAAUUAUUGUAAAUUGGAUUUAGGUCUGAAUUUAAAAUAAAGUGCAUAGAAUAAACCAUUGUAUAAACGGGAGUUUGUUUCCUCUAGUCUAAAGCAUUUUGAGUGUUCAGUAAGGACAGAAAACUGCUAUGCAAGUGCAAAUACAUUAAUGCAACACCAACAUAACGUGUCAUAAAAGCACGAGUGAGAUCAGUCUUCUCUCUGCAAGGACAGUCAUAUUUACUCAGAUGUCAAACUGUUCCUUUAACAGUCAGUGUCACAUUUUUUCUGUUAAACUGUAGCUGCUGAAGAGUCACCACUAAUCCGCAACAUAACCCAGGAUCAUGCUAGUGCUGCAUUCCCCUUUUUCAGGACAUGAAGAAUCUUUUUCUCCAUAAUGUGCACAUUUUUGAUAUUUAAAGGUCACGUCUGGGGUAAGAGCUAAUAAAGUUUUACACGAGUUGA